CAUGUGCGCUUGCGCAAUCGAAAUCUGGUGUCAUGGCGCUGAAUAAUGUCAACAAAACUUCGUAAGAUAUAUUUCUAAUAUCAGUCGAAUAAUAUGAGGAAGAAACAAGCGAUAAUAUGCAUCCAGAGAAGAAAAUUACGAAGGAAGAUACAUGGAAAUCAGAUGAUCUUAGAAGGCACUUAAAGGCUGGAGGACAUGAUGAAGAAUCUGGCAGGAGGGGAGGUGAAUACGAGAGAAGAUACAGGUCUGGGGAGUCUGGGGAGAGACGGCGCAGAGACCCAGAGAGGGAUGCCAGAAAGGAGAGUGUGAAUCCCAGAGACAGCACCCGAGAGAGAACCAAAUCCAGAGACGUAGAGAGAGAAAGACAUCAAGACAGAAGAAAAGAUGGCUCAAGGGACAGGACAGGAUUAAGGGAGGAGAGAGAGAAAGACAGGGUCAAAAAUCAGGACAGUGGGAAGUACCGGGAAGGGGACCGAGACAGGCUUGAUAAAAGACAUGACAGAGAAGAAAAGGAAAACAGGGAGAGGGUACAGGAAAGAGAAAAGGAGAAAGAGAGGGCAAGGGAGAGGGAAAAGAAGACAAGAGAAACAAGUGAAAGAGACAGGGAAAGGGAAAAAGAGAGAGAUGCAGAUGAGAGGGACUGGGAGGGAAGGCCUGAGAAAGAUAGAAAGAGAGGCGAGGAAAGCAGGGAGGGCCGGAGUAGAAAAGACCCUGAUCCAGAGAGGAGAGCCAGACACAUGGAGAGGGAGUAUCUGAAAGAGAGCGAACACUACAAAGAUGGCUCACAGGAGAAGUCGAGGGACAAGGGACGGAAACAAAGGCCCACGGAAAGAGAGCAGUCCCAACAGAAGGGGGACAGAGAAUACAGUGAGCAUCAUCGAAGAGAAAAGGAGAGAGAAAUGAAACACAAACAGAGAGUCCAGCAUGAUUCAGGUGAAAGCCAGAGACACAAGGGUGAAUCCAGAGAGGCGGAGCUUGAGCGAGCACACAGGGAACAGAGGAGGGCGGACAGAGAGAGGGAGAAACACAGAGAGAGGAGACACAGAGAAGGAGCAGGCCUGGGGAGGGAUCCCGCAAAACAGACCGACACCAAGAGAUCAUCCUCCUCAGAUGUCAGAGUUCACAAGGAAAACAGGGAAUCUGCGAACACAGAGGACGUAGUGGUGAAGUCAGCGUGGAGAUCUGGUCAGAGACCGUUAUGUGAAACAGAGGAGCUUGUGGAAAUCGAGGAAGCUACGCCUGAGGAACACGGCUAUGAUGGAGCUCAGGACUAUGAAGAGGAUUUUGAGAAAAUGGACUAUGAGGAGGAUUUUGAGGAAGAGGACGAGAGUGAAGGUGAGGACAACAAACAGAUACCCAACAAUGAAGAGAGGGAUGAGAGGGAGGACAUAAGGUCACAGAGGAAAAAGGAAGUCGAGGCCAUUCAGAAAGCCAUGGAUGAAGAGAAUAAGAGAGUGGGCUCUGCCCACCCCAGACUAAGCACAGAGAGGGAUGACACGCCCCGAACUUCACAAGAUUCAGAAAUACCUCCAAGUAAAGGUUUACAGCAGCACGGAAGGUUCAUAAAUUUCAUGGCUGCGAAGCAUCGUGAGUUCAGCAACAUGGUUGCCACCAAACAGAAGAAACGCAGUGCUGAGCUGCUUCGUCUGAUCGACCUAGACGUGUCCGUCACCUUUACCCUCCUGGAUCUGCCCCCCGUCAAUGAAUAUGACAUGUACAUCAAAAGGUUUGGAACGACAAACACUAAACAGGCUUACGUUCAGUGCAAUGAGGACAACGCCGACCGAGAUAUUCAAACAGAAGAGAUUGAGACGAGUGAGAAGUGGACCCAGCAUCCUGCGGAUUGGAACGUAGUUUGUGGAGGUCCUACCCACUCUAUCGAGGCGCCUGAUGAAUCUGGACCCAAACUGAACAUCGAUUCGCAGCGCCUUGUAAAAUUUCUCUGCUCAGCCUCGCAGGUGGUGGCGGUACUGUUGGAAGAAGACCGGGCCGAAAAGCAGUCGCUGAAGAGGUUGAAGUCUCAAGCAGACACGCUCUCUUUCAGUGAUGGCUGUUUGUCGCUCAACACCAAUCUUCCCUUUCUAUGUGGGCGUCCGGUCAGCCUGGUUCACUUCUCCCAGGUGCAGAGGCAGACCAUGCUGUCCGUUCAUCGUCCCCCAGCCGAGCCCAGUGCCGUGCGCCUUGACGGAAAGACCAUCAUCUGUGUCUGGAACAUCUGGGAGCCCUCCCGGCCGCACAAGGUCCUUGUCUACGAGUCUGAGGUGAAUUGCUGCUGUUUCAGCCCUGGUAAAGCUACGCUGGUGUUUGCUGGCACGUCCGUGGGUUCCAUUGUCCUCUGGGACCUCAGGGAGCAAGCCAGUGCCCAUUACACUUUAAGGAUAGGAGAGAAUGACUGGACUCUCCGCCACCCAACUUUCUCUACCGAUGCUGUGCUGGCAGCAUCAAGCCACAUGUCCUCAGUGAUCUCUGUGGAGGCCAUCCCCGCCAUCAUGGGUGAAGGUCUGAGACCGGACCUUUCCAUGUUUUCCUCGGACCAAGAGUCAUCAGGAUUGUCAUUCCAGUUGGCUUCUCUGGAUGAAAAUGGGGUUCUGAAUACGUGGGUCGUACUGGAGCUCCCCAAAGCAAACAAUGCUGGCUCGCAGACGGACCUGGGGCUCCGACCUGGGGGCAAAGUGAAACUGCUCCACAGCUCCACGGUCCUCACCAUGAGCGAGAGAUCCUCAUCACGGGAACCUAAAAAAACAACUCCGUUACAGACUCUUCUGUUAAAACUUCUGCCAUCUGAUUCCAGCAAUUUUUUUAUAGGCACAAAUAUGGGUAUUGUGAAUCAUGGAACUAGCCAUGGCUUAAAGACUACUCCGAAGUUCUACAAGCCUCAGGUGGUUGGAUUCAGACCUGUUACUGUCACCUCCAUCGACUUCUCUCCCUUCGGAGAACCCAUUUUCCUGGUGGGUUGUGGGGACGGUAGUGUCAGACUACACACAGUGCUGAAUGAACAGCCUCUGAUGGAGUGGAGCAGCUGUACUGCAGGGCAGCCGGUGGUGUCUGUACAAUGGGCCCAGACCAGGCCAGCGGUCUUCUGUGUUCUGGAUGCCGCCUCCUGCCUACACAUCUGGGACCUGGUGGAAAAAGACUUUGAACCUGUCAUUACUGAAAAAAUUAAUGGCGACAGUGUAACAGCCAUGGCUGUUUUUGGUGAUCCUGCAAAGCAGAACACAUCAGGAAUAGCAUUGGCAAUGCAGUCGGGAAAGAUAGAAAUGCAGUGUUUUAGCAAGAGAUUUACAGUUUCUGAAUCUGCUGACCUGGAAAAACUGAAGAGCAUGAUGCUUGAGGUGUUCUGAAGUUGAAGGAAAAAAGUGGAAAAAAACCCAUUUAAAAAAUCAUGCAGGCGUUUCCUUGUAGACAAAUUCAGCAAGGCCUUCCCCAUUUGACUUCUGUUUCCCUCGACUUGGUUCCUAUGAAUAGGGUUCACACAAUACCCGCUCAAUGAUUUGGGAAAUUCAACCUCUGUUUUCCCAUACAAACAUUGAUAACAUUUCUUGUUAUUGUACUUCCAAAUGUUGAAUAGGUUUUUGAUGAAUGGGGCAAAGGUAAGGUUACGAAACAAUAAAAAAGAAAAUCCAUUGAUAUUUUAUUUUAUUGAUUGCUAAUUGUUUGACUUAAUUGUUCGCCAUUGAGAUAUUUUUAGAUAACAUUUAGAUGUGCUAUAACUGAUGAAGUUUAAAUGUGUAUGUAAACAAUGACUGGCCAUUUCACUUAUUCUUGGAAAAAGGGACUGAGUUUGGGAGCCUAAUGGAACAUACUGUAUCGGACUCUUUGAUUUAUUGUUACAACCAGGGAUUUAUUUUGCAUUCCACUUCUGUACUUUACUGAUGUGAUGUUGUAAAUAUAAAUAUUAUAAUUACAUUAUUUUGUCUAUGGGAAAGCUAUUUAUAAUUGCUCACAUGUUUUGUUACUUCAAAUAAAUAUUCUCUGUAGUGUUAUACUUUAUAAUCAUAAUAUGAUUGCUAUGCAUCGGUUGAAAAAAGGUAUUCUCUGGUUUAACUCUGUGUCCAAAAGAUUUUGAUUAGGCUUAAAUAAAACAAUAUUGUAACAUUCUAAAAUUAUUCUAGAUUCUUGCUUUGGAGAUCAAGUAGGUGCAGUAAAGAGGUUGAUGGAACUUGUCCAGACAGAACCUUCCUUUUAAGCAAGCAAUAGCCUGUGUAAUAGCCUCUGGGUGAGGCAACUCUAAGUAAUUAGGUACAUUGAUUUCACAUUGCUUUACCAUACUACAAACAGGUAGACACACACACACACAAGAAUGAGUCUCUGUGGUCUUAUCACAGAUGCUGAGUUUGAUGCUCUCCAGAUGGUUCCUGCAGUUACAUCCCCAUCUUCACUGAAGGAGGACCUGAUACACUAUAUGGCCUAUCCUGCCCUCUGCUGCCCUGGUGUCAUUCCUGUCCUGGUUUCACUUUUAUUAACAUAAUUGGUUUUAAAGAACAACAUUUCUGGCUGUGGUCGUUUUUCUGACUGCAAGACAUUAAAAAAUAAUUUACAAGUUCGUAGUAAGUGGAAAAACACUCCAGCAUUUCCAUUCUCCGGUAUUCUCAUUAUCACGCCAAAUAUAUUAACAAAUCUCCCAUUAUAUGAAAGGAGAACGUUUUAAAUGCCUUCUGUGAAGCCUAUUAAUGUAAUGCAUU